AUGGAGGCCAUUGACAAAAAUGUGGGGAAGAAGUUCCAGAAAAGCUACUUUGAUGUACUGGGGCUUUUCUGUUCCUCAGAGAGUCCAACGAUUGAGAGAACUCUUAGUUCACUUGAUGGAGUUAAGGACUUUUCUGUUAUAGUUCCGACCAAAACAGUGAUUGUUGUUCAUGAUUCUCUCCUCAUCUCCCAGAUUCAAAUAGUUAAAGCACUGAAUCGAGCAAGGUUGGAGGCAAAUGUGAGAGUACACGGAGAGCCAAACUACAAGAACAAAUGGCCAAGGCCAUAUGCCAUCAUCAGCAGUGUAUUACUCUUGCUUUCAUUUCUAAAAUACAUUUACAGUCCCCUUGGAUGGUUAGCCAUCGGAGCAGUUGCCAUGGGAGUGCUACCGAUUUUGUCAAAGGCAGUUCUGGCAGUUCACAAUCUUACACUUGAUAUCAACGUCCUUGUUGUGAUUGCAGUUUCAGGAUCAAUUGCUCUUCAUGAUUACUGGGAAGCUGGCACUAUGGUGUUCCUGUUUACAAUAGCUCAGUGGCUAGAGUCGAGGGCAAGCCAUAAGGCUACAGCUGUUAUGUCAUCGUUAGUUAAUGUAGUACCCCAAAGGGCUGUUCUAGCUGAUACAGGUGAAGAAAUCAAUGCAGACGAAGUCAUGUUGAACAUGGUACUAGCUGUGAAGGCUGGUGAAGUUAUACCUAUUGAUGGAAUUGUCGUAGAUGGUGGCUGUGAAGUCGACGAGAAGUUUUUGACAGGAGAAUCAUUUCCUGUAGCCAAGGAGAAGGACUCCCUUGUUUGGGCUGGCACGAUCAAUCUCAAUGGCUAUAUAACUGUUAAGACUACGGCAAUAGCAGAAGAUUGUGUGGUGGCCAGAACGGCGAAACUUGUAGAAGAUGCUCGAAACAAAAAGUCGAGAACUCAAAGAUUUAUGGACAAGUGUGCCAAAUACUACGCUCCUGCCAUACUAGCGAUAGCGGCUUUCUUGGUCAUUGUUCCUGUGGCAUUCAGAGUCAGGAAUAAGAAAGAAUGGUACCAAUUGGCUCUUGUUGUUUUGGUGAGUGGAUGUCCAUGUGCACUUGUUUUGUCCACACCAGUUGCCAUGUUCUGUGCACUAUCAAAAGCAGCAAGGCUGGGAGUUCUGUUCAAAGGAACCGAGCAUCUUGAGUCUCUUGCUCAUAUAAAGAUCAUGGCCUUUGACAAAACUGGGACGAUAACAAGGGGAGAAUUUCUUGUGGCGGAUUUCAUAUCCCUCCAGGAUAAUGUUAGCCUAAGCAGACUGCUUUAUUGGAUUUCGAGCAUCGAAAGCAAAUCGAGCCAUCCAAUGGCAGCUGCUCUCAUCGACUUUGCAAGAGCACAUGCAAUUGAGCCGAAGCCUGAAAAAGUGGAGAAAUUUCAAAUUUUUCCAGGAGAAGGGAUCUGUGGGAGAAUUGAGGAUAAAGACGUAUACGUUGGAAACUGGAAAGUUGCUUCAAGAGCAGGGUGUACCGCAGUUCCGAAAUUAGAAGGUUAUGACAUAGAAGGAAAGUCCAUUGGUUACAUAUUCUUGGGGUCAUCUCCUGCCGGCAUCUUCUGUCUCUCUGAUGCAUGUCGAACGGGAGCAAAGGAAGCAUUGGAAGAGCUGAAGUCAAUGGGUAUCAAGACUGUGAUGCUAACUGGGGAUUCUUACACAGCUGCCAAGCAUGCACAGUCUCAGUUAGCAGGGAUUUUAGAUGUCGUUCACGUUGAACUCCUGCCAGAAGACAAAGUAAGAAUAAUUAAAGAGCUCCAGAAAGAGGGUCCAACAGCCAUGACCGGUGAUGGUUUCAACGACGCUCCAGCACUAUCCGCAGCAGAAGUUGGUAUAUCAAUGGGCAUAAACGGCUCUGCACUUGCAACAGAGACUGGAGACAUCGUUCUUAUGUCAAACGACAUUCAAAGGAUACCGAAAGCAUUACGUACAGCAAAGAGAGUCCAAAGAAAAAUAAUCGAGAACGUGAUCAUAGCAAUUUCAACCAAGGCUGCGGUUUUGGGAUUAGCAAUAGCCGGACAUCCACUCGUUUGGGCUGCAGUCCUAACUGAUGUCGGCACUUGCUUGUUAGUCAUCUUCAACAGCAUGCUGCUACUGCAAGGAACUCCGACACAAGCACAAAAAUGUCAUCGGUCUACUACUAACGCAAAUGUCGUCCAAAAGCAGAAGCGUAUUAGAACACCUGGCUGUUCCUCAAGUACUGAUAAUUCUCCUUGUUUUGAUGUUGAAUCUCAAUAUAAGUGUCAGCUUCAAUCAUGCUCCUCCAAGAAGUGUUCAUCUGAUUCGAUUUCUUGUGGGGAAGAGAAACGCUGCAGCGCUGCUGACGAGCAUGAUUGUGAUGCAAAUUGUCAUCUCCUCCAUGAGGCCAAAGUUAUGGAUCAUCAAGAUUUGGAAUCAGAGAUACUACCCAUGCACGAUGAUUAUUCGUCAAAGACGAGUUGCUGUAAGGAAAAUAGUUGCUCAAGAUCGGCUGAAAGGCACAACAAUGACGGGCUACAUGACAGAGUAGUAGAGGAGCAGAAAUUUGAGCAUAAGGGCUCUUCAAAUUCAAGCCAUGGUUGUUCAGAGAAGGUGAGUUGCUGUAAGAAAGUAGUUGAGUCUGCUGAAAGGCGCAAAAACGGCAGCCUCUACGACACAUUACUUGUCUACUAA